AUGAACGGAACAUCCAAAGUGAUUAUGGGUGCAACCUUGGUAAUGGUGGUAACCCUUGCAGGGGUCAUUGUCCUUAUAUUUGUGCUGUUAGCUGAGCUCUAUUGUUCUCUCUUACUCCGCCGGCGCCACCGCAGAAACAGCAACUCCAACAAUAUUAUUCCCAAUGCCAGCAUUCAACCCUCCACAACCAGAGCCAAUGCUUCACCUUCUCACACAACCUCACACCCCCAACAACAGUCUCCUCCAUUCCGCAGCAUUUAUGCACAAGGAGUCCUCCAAGCUCCAAGAAGCAUCCUCCUCCCCGCAGUUUCUUGCAAAGAAGACAAAGCUGGACCAAGGAAGCAGGAUAUCUAUUCUGAACUCCAUCAGGUUGUUCAAAUCCAAAUUCAACCCCAUGAAUCCAAUUCAAGUGCAAGCCCUUCCCCACCUCCAUCCUUCAUAUCCAUAGCACCCUCAAAACCAAAUCACCAACACCCACCACUUCCGGGUAUUACCAUGGAAAAUCUUUGUCAUGAUGAUAAACCUUGCAGUGGAGGGGAACACCUUGUGUACAUUUCCAACCCCAUUUAUGAAAACGACGAGAGCCAAAGGAGUGGAGCAAAUACCCCAUUUGAGACACCAGACACUUCGCCUUCACGUUUGGAAAAAGGUGGUUCUUCCGAGGAGGAUGAGGCAACCCCUUGUGUCACUCACUCACCUCCCUAUACCCCUCCUUUAACUCCAAUGAAGAAGCUUCCCUCAGAGGCUUGUUCCGUUUCUCUAAGAGACGCAAGGUCCUUGGCCACUUCAUGCAGCGAUUCACGUAGCAACAAUGGACUCUCUUCAUCCUCCGGUUCCCCUUGCACUUCUCCUUCAUGGUAA